AAAUUAUUUGUUUAUAUUUGUAUCUUUGAAAACAGAGUCAAAAUUAUGUGGUAAAACUUUAAGCAGAACACCCAGCUUUUUCAUCUAUCUCCACUCAUGGAAGGAAUAUUCAAUGAGCUCCCCCAUACCAAGCUUAAGCUGCUAUUCAUCAAUAUAUUUGCCAUACUGCACAGUGCCACGUAUUUGAAUGUAUACCGCUUAUAUGCCGAUUUGCGAAAUGUUAAAGUUGGCGUGGAUGGCUCUGGUGAAGAGAUAUGGAUCAGGGAGAUCUUCACAUUCCUCAUCAGUGGUCUCAUCGUGGUCCGCUUUUCCCUAUGUUUUGUCGGUUUGGCUUCAAACAUUGUGGCCAUAUACCCCAUUUUAACCAACUCACAGGCUGAGAUGCUCAUGCCCACCAUCAUAGUGCAGGCCAUAGACAAUGUCAUCCUUAAUCUCUAUGAGAUCAUUUUGGGCUACGGCAGUUUGUGCUAUCUGUAUCCGGAAAGUACGGCUGUUUUUAUCUUUUUUAUUCUUAAGAUGGGAAUAAAGAUCGCCUGCAGCAUCUCUGUGCUGAAUAUUUAUUCUGAUCACCACACUCACUUGGCCACUCUAGUUUCUUUUAAAGAGGAUUUAAACAGCUUGGGACCAGACAGUGUGGAUGAAAUUGAGUUGGCCAACCAAAAUUUUGAUGCUACCUAAGCUAUAUCAUAAUAUAAAUUCUUAAAAUACAAUCUAAUUUCUAUAUUUACAAAA